GCAGAACAAGGAAGGAGUUGGGCAGAGCCAAGUACAAGCUAGUGAAAAUCCUAUUGGCUCGUUCUAGCAUUUAUUUGCAUAUUUCCAUUGGGGAACGCCUACUCUGAAGUGCGCGUGUAUAAACAAUGCAAUUCUUUGUACAUUUUGCAAAGGCUGAAGUCUACAAAGCGCAGUCUACUCUGUUUGUUACAGAUUCUUGGAAACAGACAACUGUAUGGAGAUCAAAUGUUUCAUCGAUGAGCAAAUUUGCAGAAUGUCGCUCCAUCUUCUCCCACUGCCGGCCACUGGGCUUCCUCUCAUCACCAUAUUUGGUAGUGUUAAACUCCAACCGGAUGCGUCACAGUUUACAUCCGAUGAAAUAUCGGGCUCAUUGUUCUAUCUGUGUGUAUAAUCUGUGUAUCUACGCUACAACAUGACCUAUAGUGUACGUCGUUGCGUCGUGCGUAGCGGGUGGGACAACGCUCGUGCACUGCAUUGUUGUGGGGGGAGAGCUCGAGCUUGCAGUUGCAGCCUCGAAAUGGUUCCAGGCUAUAGGGAAGAAGCCAAUUCAGAUCCUUGAGAAAAUGCUUUUAUGCUCAUGAUAUAACCCAGUUUAGUAUUUAACAAGACCCAGAGGGCUCCCAACUGCAUUCUUCUCCGUUAUUACUGAAAACGCCUAAACAUCUCCCGCUGGAUGAGAACAUUGUGUACGGAAUUACAGCCACUGAGCAGGCCACAUCGCCAUUGCUUUCAAAGGCUGUUGACAAGCUACUAUCUACAACCAGCAAAGCUGUUUCUAGUUCUAAGCUGUUCAGGUGUCGAGGAUGAGGAAGAAGGCUCGGCACCACAGGGUCCCCGAGCCCCAGCGGCCGCCCUCCCCCAUCCAGCCGUCCCCCAACAAACAGACUCUGACCUAUGCCCAGGCCCAGCGCAUGGUGGACAUGGAGAUUGAUGGCCGGAUGCACCGGAUCAGCAUCUACGACAAGCUGGACGUGAUCUCGGAUGAUGACCCUACGGCUCAGGAGAUUAUGGAGUGCACCAGCAACAAGGAGAACAUGGAGAAGCCUCAGCAGACGCCAAUGCGCUCCGUCCGGUUAAAAAACAACCAGGAGAAGAGAAGUGCAGCUGCGGUCGCCCAGAGCCACACGACACGUGGAGCUGCAGCAGCGCCAGUACAGACACUUCCAGAGGCCAAGGUCCGGACGGUGGAGUAUAACCUACCAGCGGUCCCCAGGAGGCCCCCAGUGUACUAUAAGUAUGUGGAGAAGACGUCAGAGGAGUUGGAUGAGGAGGUGGAGUAUGAUAUGGAUGAGGAGGACUACGCCUGGCUGGAAGUCGUUAACGACAAGAGGAGGAGCGAGGGCGUCAGUCAGGUGUCCCACAACGUGUUUGAGUUCCUGGUGGACCGCUUUGAGAAAGAGACACAGAUGGAGAAGGUGAGCCAGGGCCAGGACAAGCUGACCAUCGACGAGGACGCUGUCUGCUGCAUCUGUAUGGACGGAGACGGCCAGGACAGCAACGUCAUUCUCUUCUGUGACAUGUGCAACUUGGCCGUGCACCAAGAGUGUUACGGUGUUCCUUACAUCCCAGAGGGACAGUGGCUGUGCCGGCACUGCCUCCAGUCGCCCACCCAGCCUGCAGGCUGCAUACUGUGCCCUAACAAAGGCGGCGCAGUGAAAAAGACUGACGAUGACCGCUGGGGUCAUGUGGUGUGCGCCCUGUGGGUGCCGGAGGUAGGGUUUUCCAACACGGUCUUCAUCGAGCCCAUCGACGGAGUCAGCAACAUACCGUCUGCUCGCUGGAAGCUCACCUGCUACCUCUGUAAGGAGAAGGGGGUGGGGGCCUGUAUCCAGUGUCACAAGGCUAACUGCUACACAGCCUUCCAUGUCAGCUGUGCUCAGAAAGCAGGACUCUUUAUGAAGAUGGAACCAAUCAAGGAGUUUACAGAGACCGGCGAACCAACGUUUUCGGUGAAGAAGACUGCUUACUGUGGGGCUCACACCCCCAACAGCUCGGUCAGACGACCUCUCACCAUCUACGAGGACGCCAAACCCCAAAAUGGAUUGUGUUCCCCUCUGAAAGGGGAGAAGAUGAGGGGCGCCAAUGCACUGACGAAAGGCAGGAAGAGGAAGAGCAAGAAGGUGGAGCCAGAGGAAGAGGUCCCACUCGUGGCCGUGCCUAGCUUUCCUCCCCAAAGGUUAAACACCAUCCUCAACCGGGUGUCUAUGCAGAAAAAGAAGGUGUUUGUGGAGCUGGCUCUAAACUACUGGACUCUAAAGAGACAGGCGAGGAACGGAGUACCCCUCAUUAGACGACUACAGUCCAGCCAACAGUCCCAUCAGAAGACCCAUGCUGCACAGCCGAAGGAGAGUGAGGAGGAGAGCCGGGCUCUGAAGGAGCAGCUCAAGGAGUGGCAUUGUCUAAGACAUGACCUGGAGAGAGCCAGGCUAUUGCUGGAGCUCAUACGCAAGAGGGAGAAACUCAAGAGAGAAGAGAUGAAGCUGCAGCAGAGCCUGUUAGAGGUCCAGCUGACUCCCUUCAGUAUCCUGCUCAGGUCUGUGCUGGAACAGCUACAAGAGAGAGACCAGUCCUUGAUCUUUGCCCAGCCUGUCGACAUCAAAGAGGUGCCUGACUACCUUGACCACAUCAAGAACCCCAUGGAUUUCUCCACUAUGAGGAAACGCAUUGACGACCAGGCCUACAGCAACCUGGAUGACUUUGAGUCUGACUUCAAUCUCAUCAUCUUCAACUGCAUGAAGUACAACUGUAAGGAUACCUUCUUCCACCGGGCGGCCGCCCGUCUCCGAGACCAAGGUGGGGCUUUGAUCAGGAAGACGCGGAGGGAUGUGGAACGAAUCGGCUUCGAGAAGGACAGCGGGAUGCACCUGCCCGAACCGCCCAAGAUCGAAGCGUCUCCACCGUUUUCCUGGGAGGACGUGGACCAGUUAUUGGUCCCAGCCAACCGGCAGCACAUGCCUCUGGAGGAGCAACUGAAAGAGCUGCUGGAGAAACUGGACCUGACAUUCUCCAUGAAGUCCAGCCCGUCACGCUCCAAACGCCUCAAGCUGCUCAAGAAGACCAUCAACGACGUGCGCAGCGAGAUGAGCUUCGGCCUGAGGAGGGCGUCCCACCACUCCCAUUCGCAUUGUUCUUCCUCCCAGCCAGAAAGGAGUAAAGCUGGGGAGGCAGAGGGUGUGAAGACCAAUGGACAGAGUCCUGAUAAUGAGGGGGACAAAUCAUUACCUCCCAAAUUGGAACCCUCUGACUCCCUAACUCCUCUCCUACACUUCGAGAGUAACCUAGAACCCCCUACCCUCAAACCCAUCCACACCCCGGACAGCAAGACCCACGGACAGGUCAAAUUUGACCGGGAGAAACCCAACAACGCUUCCUCCACCACUACCCUUCUCAAUGGCCACUCCGACUCCCAGAACCCCCUGCUUCUUUCAAAGGGGGACGUGAGUGUGGUGGCCACCUCCACCCUGGCCCAACCCUCGGGGACGACUGUCAACCGCCGCACUGCCGUGCUCUUCAGGAAGUCCAAGACCUCUAGCCCUGGGAAGAACCAGGGGGGGAGAGGAGGUGACGAAGCUCAGACAGGGUGCCCUCAGCUGGGCACCAAGACCUUCCUGUCGGUAAUGAUCCCCAGGCUGGAGACCCUCCUCCACCCAAGGACUCGGAAGAGGAGCCACAGUCCACGUGGGGUGUACAGCGAGGGGGGUGGAGACAGGGAGGACGAGUCCCCCGUCAAACACAUUAACACAGGCCUGUCUAAUGGUUUUGCGAUGGAGGAGGUAAUUGAUGAAGAGAAGGAGCUAAGUGACAGCAGGCCUCUAGAAACCAGGAGACGGUGUGCCUCUGAGUCCAGCAUCUCAUCUAGUGGUAGUCUGCUGGGCAGCACCAGCACCCUCAGUCUUCCAGCAUGUGGUAAAGGCAAACCGGCCCUGGUCCGAAGAAACACUGUGGAUGAUAAGAACGACCUCAUUGCCUGUAUAGAAACCGGGAACUUUGCCAGAGCUGCUAGGAUUGCCGCCGAAGUUGGCAAUAGCAAUAUUUGGAUGCCUGCUAGUGCUGCAACAGUUGUUCUGGAACCUCUAAAGCUAGUUUGGGCAAAAUGUAGCGGAUACCCUUCCUAUCCUGCCUUGAUCGUCGACCCCCACAUGCCCCGGGUGGGGUGCCAGCACAACGGGGUGUCUAUCCCUAUGCCCCCCCUUGACGUCCUCCGGGUCGGAGAACGGAUGCAGUACAAGAACGAAGAAAAACUCUUCCUCGUCCUUUUCUUUGACAACAAACGCAGCUGGCAAUGGCUUCCUAAGUCUAAGAUGGUCCCACUGGGGAUUGACAAGACCAUCGACAAGAUCAAGAUGAUGGAGGGCAGAACGUCCAGCAUCCGUAAGGCUGUUCAGACGGCCUUCAAACGUGCCAUGAACCAUCUUAGCAUCGUUCAGGAUGAACCUGUCAGCGACAUGAGUGACGUGGACUAAUGCACACACACACACACACACACACACACACACACACACACACACACACCAUUACACACACACACACACACACACACACCAUUACACACAGACACCCAACCCCCUGAAUUACUGCUCAUGGCCUUGUCCUGUACCGGAGUCUGGCAUACUCUCCUUCUCCUCUUCGUCAGUCUUUCCAGAGUUCUAUGCUGACUGUGUUUACCAGGUGCCUGGCUACCCCCUUGGCUUGAUAUGGUGCCUCCUUCCUCGUCAGCCCCCGCCCGCUGGUCUGACGGCUGCUGCUUUAAUGAAUGUGCCCGAGUUCCCCUCCUAUCAACCUUUCUCCAAGGUCAUGUUCUAAUUGAAAACUAAUUGAAACAGGGUGGGUUUAAUGGACUUGCCCAAAAAGAAACGCUCAUUUCCGUUUUCUUUCAAAACAGUUUUGAUAUGUUUCCUGUUGUGUUCCAUAAGGAACAUGACUGUGCUGCAAGACUGCUGCCAUGAUCCUCCUCUAUUCCCUAUGACCAUGCCACUGCCAAGAUGGGCUGCUUCUUCCUCACCUCACUCAUCUAACCUUAUGCCAUUUAUUUCCACCCAAAACUACCUACUAUGUUUUAAAGUUAACUGUAAAUAACUGCAAUAUUUGUCUGACACACUAACUUAUUGUGUAGAUUGAAAGAAAUUGGUACUGUACAAUGGCUUUUCUUACUAGUAUUUAUACUUUUUGGUGAAUUAUGUAAGCACUACGGUGUGGUAUUUCCAAGUUCUGUGAAAAUAAGACGAGUGUAAAAAUCCUUAGCAGUGUAAAAUGUUUUUUUCCCCCCUUUUUUUUCCUUUUACAGUUUUUGUAUUUUCUUUAAGUUAUUGAAGUUUCUAAAUAUAAGCUUCCCUUUGGCAUUAGUUAUUUUGUAAUAUUUUUUUUUAACGAUAGUGUUAGUAUAUUUUGUUCGUACAUAUUUAUAUGAUUGAGUGCCUUCGGAAAGUAUUCAGACCCCUUGACUUUUUGUGAGGUUACAGCCUUAUUCUAAACUGUAUUAAAUUGUUUUUUCCCCCACCUCAUCUACACACAAUACUCCAUAAUGACAAAGCAAAAACAGGUUUUUAGAAAUGUUUGCUAAUUUAUAAAAAAAUAAAAACUGAUAUCACAUUUUACCUAAGUAUUCAGACCCUUUACUCAGUACUUUGUGAAAGCACCUUUGGCAGCGAUUUUAGCCUCGAGUCUUCUUGGGUAUGACACUACAAAUCUGUCACGCCUGUAUUUGGGGAGUUUCUCCUGUUCUCUGCAGAUCUUCUCCAGCUCUGUCAGGUUGGAUGGGGAGUGUUGCUACACAGCUAUUUUCAGGUCUCUCCGGAGUUGUUCGAUCGGGUACAAGUCCGGGCACUGGCUGGGCCACUCAAUGACAUUCAGAGACUUCUCCCAAAGCCACUACUGUGUUGUCUUGGCUGUGUGCUUAGGGUCGUUGUCCUGUUGGAAUGUGAACCUUCACUCCAGUCUGAGGUCCGGAGCGCUCUGGAGCAGAUUUUCAUCAAGGAUCUCUCUGUUCUGCUCUGUUCAUUUUUGCCUCGAUCCUGACUAGUCUUCCAGGCCCUACCACUGAAAAACAUCCCCACAGCAUAAUGCUGCUACCACCAUGCUUCACUGUAGGGAUGGUGCCAGGUUUCCUCCAGAUGUGACACUUGGCAUUCAGGCCAAAGAGUUAAAUCUAGGUUUUAUCAGACCAGAGAAUCUUGUUUCACAUGGUCUGAGAGUCUUUAGGUGCCUUUUGGCAAACUCCUAGCGGGCUGUCAUGUGCCUUUUACUGAGGAGUGGCUUCCGUCUGGUCACUCUACCAUAAAGGCCUGAUUGGUAGAGUGCUGCAGAGAUGGUUGUCCUUCUGGACGGUUCUCCAAUCUCCACAGAGGAACUCUAGAGCUCUGUCAGAGUGACCACCGGCUUCUUGGUCACCUCCCUGACCCAAGGCCCUUCUCGCCCUUUUUUGUUCAGUUUGGCUGGGCGGCCAGCUCUAGGAAUUCUUGGUGGUUCCAAACUUAAUCCAUUUAAGAAUGAUGGAGGCCAAUGUGUUCUUGGGGACCUUCAAUUGCUGCAGACAUUUUUUUGGUACCCAGAUCUGGGCCUCAACACAAUCCUGUCUCGGAGCUCUGCGGACAGUCCCUUCCACCUCGUGGCUUGGUUUUUGCUCUGACAUGCACUGUCAACUGUGAGACCUUAUAUAGACAGGUGUGUGCCUUUCCAAAUCAUGUCCAAUCAAUUUAAUUUACCACAGGUGGACAAGCAAUCAAUUUGUAUAGAAACAUCUCAAGGAUGGUCAAUGGAUGCACCUGAGCUCAAUUUCAAGUCUCAUAGCGAAGGUCUGAAUACGUAUGUAAAUAAGUUAUUUAUGUUUUUUAUUUGUAAUACAUUUUCAGCAUUUCUAAAAACCUGUAUUUUUUAAAAUCCAUUUUAGAAUAAGGCUGUAGCGUAACGUGAAGAAAGUCAAGGGUUCUGAAUGCUUUCCGAAGGGUGGGUGGGUGUGUGUGUGUGUAUAAUUUUUUGCCCCACUGUGUGUGUAAAAUAUAUAUAUAUAUAAUAUUGUGCAAGUUCUCCCACUUAAAAAGAGUGGCCUGUAAUUUUCAUCAUAGGUACACUUCAACUAUGACAUACAAAAUGAGAAAAAAAAUCCAGAAAAUCACAUUGUAGGAUUUUUUUUAUGAAUUUGCAAAUUAUGGUGGAAAAUAAGUAUUUGGUCAAUAACAAAAGUUUAUCUCAAUACUUUGUUAUAUACCCUUUGUUGGCAAUGACAGAGGUCAAACGUUUCUGUAAGUCUCCACAAGGUUUUCACACACUGUUGCUGGUAUUUUGGCCCAUUCCUCCAUGCAGAUCUCCUCUAGAGCAGUGAUGUUUUGGGGCUGUUGCUGGGCAACACGGACUUUCAACUACCUCCAAAGAUUUUCUAUGGGGUUGCGAUCUGGAGACUGGCUAGGCCACUCCAGGACCUUGAAAUGCUUCUUACGAAGCCACUCCUUCUUUGCCCGGGCGGUGUGUUUGGGAUCAUUGUCAUGCUGAAAGACCCAACCACGUUUCUUCUUCAAUGCCCUUGCUGAUGGUAGGCUUUGUUACUUUGAUCCCAGCUCUCUGUAGGUCAUUCACUAGGUCCCCCCGUGUGGUUCUGGGAUUUUUCCUCACAUUUCUUGUGACCAUUUUGACCCCACGGGGUGAGAUCUUGCGUGGAGCCCCAGAUCGAGGGAGAUUAUCAGUGGUCUUGUAUGUCUUCCAUUUCCUAAAAAUUGCUCCCACAGUUGAUUUCUUCAAACCAAGCUGCUUACAUAUUGCAGAUUCGGUCUUCCCAGCCUGGUGCGGGUCUACAAUUUUGUUUCUGGUGUCCUUUGACAGCUCUUUGGUCUUGGCCAUAGUGGAGUUUGGAGUGUGACUGUUUGAUGUUGUGGACAGGUGUCUUUUAUACUGAUAACAAGUUCAAACAGGUGCCAUUAAUACAGGUAACGAGUGGAGGACAGAGAAGCCUCUUAAAGAAGAAGUUACAGGUCUGUGAGAGCCAGAAAUCUUGCUUGUUUGUAGGUGACCAAAUACUUAUUUUCCACCAUAAUUUGCAAAUAAAUUCAUAAAAAAUCCUACAAUGUGAUUUUCUGGAGAAAAAUAUUCUCAUUUUGUCUGUCAUAGUUGAAGUGUACCUAUGAUGAAAUUUACAGGCCUCUCAUAUUUUUUUAAGUGGGAGAACUUGCACAAAUGGUGGCUGACUAAAUACUUUUUUGCCCCACUGUAUGUGUGUGUAUAUAUAUAUCUGUAUAAUUCAGAUGCUCACAUGUUGGGAAGUAUUUUGUUGUUAUGGAAACCGAAAGUGCGUUGUUCUCAAGAAACCAAAAAUCUUGCUGCCCAGAUUAUUUUAUACUUGGAUUUGUUUGUGCCUGUUGUUUGAAAGUUUAUUGAAAAAAAAACAUGGUUAAAAGUUUAUUUUUUACAACAGGAUUGUGACUGUUACUUACUUCUAGGACCUUUAUUGUAGACUUAGGAAGAUGUGCCUGUUAUUUAUUGUAAAGUAUUACUUUAUAUUUGGAGAAUCAUGUAAGAGUUUCUAGUGGUUAUUGGCUCAUUUUGUGGUUAAUCCUUGGGUUGCGUUACUUCUGGUUAAUUUGAUGGUUUAGCUUGUAAACUUCAUAACAUUCUUUUAUAGUAAGUUCUUUUUCUGGGUAGCAUUGGGUAGUUUUGGAUAAUUUCAUUUUUAGUUGAUUUCAUUUUUUAUCAUCAGGCCUAUUGCUUGGGACUGUCCUUCCUUUUUAUCAAGACACAGAUAAUAAAAAGACCAGGAUGUAAAAUCA